AUGGCACGUGACUGGUGCACUCAAAAUGAAAGAAACAAUUGUCAACUACGCUUACUUGGCCAGAUAAUAAACAAUCCACAAUACAACCGCCCUAAUGUGUCUGAAGUUGCUGUUCUUAUCACAAACGACUUUGGGGACAACACUGAACCACGUGAUGUUAUCGUUAGCACAAAGCACGGCGCGCUUCAACGCAUAUCGGAAUUACAUCAGCUUUACAUGGCUUUGCAAUAUCCGCUGUUGUUUCCGUACGGAGAGACCGGGUUCCACGAACGAAUACACUACCAUGACAACACAGGACGUCGAGCGACUAAACGACAAUGUGUCACAAUGCGGGAAUACUACUGCUACAGAAUCCAUUAUCGCAAUACCGAAGGCACCACCCUGUUAAGAGGCGGUCGUUUAUUCCAACAAUACUUAGUUGACUCAUACGCAGCUAUCGAAGAACAAAGAUUGCGCUGGAUGAGGAAUAACCAAAAUGAACUGCGUGUUGAACUCUAUCAUAAUGUUUGUGACGCUGUGACGCGUGGGGAUACAAAUGCCAAGGCUAUCGGCCAACGUAUAGUUUUACCGGCAACCUUUACGGGCAGUCCAAGAUAUAUGAUCCAAAAUUACCAAGACGCCAUGGCUCUGUGCCGCACUUUUGGGAACCCCGACCUGUUUGUAACAUUUACAGCUAACCCAAAAUGGCCUGAAAUCGAUGACAUGGUAUCUCUCAUACCCGGCCAAAAGUCUCAUGAUCGUGCAGAUGUUGUAUCACGCGUUUUUAAACUAAAGCUUACCUCCUUGAUUGAAGAUAUUAUGAAGAAACAAAUCUUUGGUAGCUGCGAAGCAGCUGUUUAUACAAUUGAGUUUCAGAAACGAGGCCUACCGCACGCGCACCUUUUGUUGUGGCUUGAACAUUCUGCCGAGUCACGCACACCGGCUGGCAUAGAUGAUUUGAUUUCUGCAGAGAUCCCAUCGGAAAUGGACGAUCCAUCCGGCUAUAAGGCCGUAACAGAUUACAUGUUGCAUGGCCCAUGUGGAAACGAUGCGCGCAGUGCUCCGUGUACAACAGAUGGAAAAUGCAUGAAACACUUUCCGAAACCAUUUUACCGAGAAACAACAAUUGACGAAGACGGUUACCCGGUUUAUCGCCGACGAGAUACCAAGAUCUUCUUUAAGAAGGGCAAAACGGAGCUUGACAACCGGUUUGUCGUCCCAUACAACCGCUACCUCCUCUUAAAGUACGAAUCUCACAUCAAUGUUGAAUGGUGCAACCAAUCCCGAGCGAUAAAAUACCUGUUUAAAUACUUAAACAAGGGGCCAGACAGGGCUACAAUGGUUGUUCAGGAAAACAUUGGCAAUAACGGUGAAAAGCGUACACAACAGAUUGUUAAGGUUGAUGAGAUUAAAAACUAUCUGGAUUGCCGGUACUUAUCACCAUGUGAAGCCGUGUGGAGAAUGCUUGCAUUUCCUAUACAUUACUCAUUCCCAUCCGUCAUGAAACUAACGUUCCAUACACCUGAUCAACAUCUGCUCACGUUACGUGAUUCAGACAGCUUACCGGCAUUGUUAAACCGGGACGGGAUACGAGACACGAUGUUCACCCAAUGGUUUGCGCUAAACAACAGAGAUGAAGCGGCAAGAAAGUUAACGUACGCCGAGAUACCAACAAGGUAUGUGUGGCAAGAGGAUAACAAGGUUUGGAAAACGCGGUUGGAACGGACAGCCAUUGGGCGGAUUGUGUAUUGCAAUCCAGCAGCUGGGCCAAAGUAUUAUCUAAGAAUGUUGUUGGGGAUUGUGAGAGGGCCUCGAAGUUUUGAAGAAAUAAAAACGGUCGACGGAGUCGUAUAUGCAACGUUCAAAGAAGCCUGCUAUGCGUAUGGCUUGCUUAAUGAUGACAAGGAGUGGAAUGACGCCCUGUCAGAGGCUAAAUUAUGGGCGUCCGGUUCCCAACUGCGGGAAUUGUUUGUUACCAUGUUGUUGUUUUGCGAAGUGAAUCGUCCGACGCAACUCUGGGCAGAAAAUUGGGAGAUACUAUCUGAUGAUAUUUUGUACCAAAAACGUAGGCUCUUCAUGUUCCCGGGGUUACAUUUAUCUGACGACCAGCUUAAGAACUACUGCCUGAUCGAACUAAAUGAACUAUUGGAGAAAAAUGGAAAAUCGUUAUCGGAUUUCACAGAUAUGCCUCAGCCGGAUACGUCGCUCCUCGAUAAGAUGGAUAAUCGUCUAAUUAGGGAAGAGUUGAGUUACAAUAAAAAAAGAUAA